UAUUUUUACCAAUGAUGAAUUACUAAUAUUAAUAAUUAAACAGGUAUUAGCAAGCAAAAGCAAGAUAUACAUGGUUCUAGAAUACGUGAAUGGUGGUGAAUUAUUUGACAGAAUUGCUUCCAAAGGGAAACUCAACGAGGCACAAGGUAGAAAACUCUUCCAACAAUUAAUUGAUGGAGUUAGUUAUUGUCACGAUAAAGGAGUCUUCCACAGAGACCUAAAGCUAGAGAACGUUCUCAUUGAUACAAAAGGAAACAUAAAAAUAACGGACUUUGGACUCAGUGCUUUACCUCAACAAUUUUGGGAUGAUGGUUUAUUGCAUACAACGUGUGGUAGUCCCAACUAUGUUGCUCCUGAAAUUCUUUCUAACAGAGGAUACGAUGGCGCGACAUCAGAUACUUGGUCAUGUGGUGUUAUCUUAUAUGUAAUUCUCACUGGUCAGUUACCCUUUGACGAUAGAAACCUCGCAAUACUUUAUAAAAAGAUAUUUAAGGGAGAUGUUCAUAUACCAAAAUGGCUAUCCUUAGGAGCAAAAAACCUUUUAAAGAGGAUUCUUGAUCCCAAUCCACGUACGCGGAUAACAAUGGCAGAAAUCAAAAUAAAUGAAUGGUUCAAACAAGAUUAUGUUGCUGCAAAUCCAUAUGAAGAAGAUUUGGAAUGUGAUCAUAUAUCAACAGAUAAUCAAGUCUUAACAGUACAAGAAGCAGCGCCGCUUGACGCUCAAAGAGAUCGAGAAUCACAUUCUCUUAUCAACGCCUUUCAACUUAUAGGGAUGUCAUCUUGUCUAGAUCUUUCUGGAUUUUUUGAGAAAGAGGACAUUUCUGAGAGGAAAAUCAGAUUUACAUCAAAUCUCUUACCAAAACAGUUGCUGGACAGGAUUGAGAAUACAGUAACACAAAUGGGAUUUCACGUCCAGAAAAGACAUGGAAGGUUGAAAGUAUUACAAGAAUACAAAGGACAAAAAUACCCUACUACUCUCUCGGUAGUCGCAGAGGUAUUCGAGAUUAGCCCAUCUUUGUAUGUCGUAGAGUUACAAAAGUCUUCAGGGGAUUCAACAGUAUAUAGACAGUUGUGUAAUAGGGUAUCAAGUGAUUUGGGUGUACAACGGACUCAAGAGAUCUUAAUUUAGCUAAUUAUUUUUUGUGAAAUUUAGAAACUUUAAUUCUUUUUUUUCUUUUAAUUUCCUCCUCUUCUACAUUUUUUUGAAGAGUUGUGAGCAGUAACCACAGAGUGAUGUAGUUUGGUUGUUUAAAUACUUACUUUGCGUGAGCGGAAGAGUUUAACUUAUAUAAGCGAUAGUGUAUAUAUAAGUAACUUUUUUA